CCGCGCACGCGCGACAUUCAAAUGUAAAUUUUGUUAUGAUACCUUUAUUUUUCUAAUACAGCAUCGAUAUACGUAUAAGAUGGCUGAGAUAAAUGAAGACCUUAUGAACUUUGAAUGUGAGGAGAAGAGAGCAGCUGACAGGUCAAACUUAGACAAAGAAGAUGAAUAUGACGAUGAAAACACGGAAAACCAGGCGCUGACAAUACCACCCAGCCUCGUACAGUCACCGGUCAUUGUGAACUCUAUCCUGAAACAGUCAAACAAAGACAACCUGAUACAACUCUACACACCUAUCCAGAAAGCAGAGAAAGGAAAAUUGAAAGUACACUUUGGACAUGACAGCUUGUUGGAAACUCCAAACAUACGGCAAACCAAGAAGAGAGUCAACAUCGCAGAGUGUAUCCAGGAAUCAGAAACAGAGACACCCAGUUCCCCAGUGAAGACAGAACCCAACCCACCUCAGACUUCAUCAUGUGAACAGAGUCACAGCCAAGCACCAGCACCGGUACCAGAAAUUGCUGAUUCCACAGACAACUGUGAGGAGGUUGCAAUGGAAACCAGCUACUGUGAGGUGGCUGUGAAGGCUGAUGACACGGAGAGGAAUAUCCAUGAUGUUUUGUCCAUGGCGGGUGAUCUUCUCAACAUGCUCCGCUCUGAAAGCACGUCAUCUGAACCCAGCACAGCUGAUGAGAGCAGUUUGGCUGAAACCAGAAGAGCGGCCAAUGAUACAAGACAACAGACCACAGCUGAGAUAACGCAAGCUUCUGUUGAGAAAAACCUCACUGAUAAUGUUGUUCAUUUGUCAGGGAAAGAGCCUGAACAUCCAGAAACAGUUCUUGAAUCGGGUGGAUCUGAAUUGACUACUGGAAACAAUAAAAAUGUUCAAAUUUUGGAAGAAGAGCCUAUGGACUUUGAGGAAGCAAUGGAUGUUGAUGAUGAAAUUACCUUCAACAUCAGGACCCCUGUCAGACAAAAUUCAAAGCAAACACCAGUCAAACAGCCAUCAGAGCAAACUACACCUUUAAAAGCACCUGAGGCAGCAGACAAGGAUGCUGAAUCCAUUACAGUGAAAACAGAAGAAAAUGAACCUGUCCAAAAAGAUACUGGCAACAUUGAUGGGAAUAAGGCGGAUGUGGUCGUAAAACAAGAGCCUGCAGUAGAGGAUAAUAAAUCAUUAGAAAACAUUGAGCAAGAUGAAGGAAAGGUUACCAAGGGAAAAGGAGUAGAAAACAAAGAAGAAUCUCCAGACAAAAACCAGUCUCCACCUACUACAGAUCAAGCUAAACCAGCGGUAUCAACAAAAUCAGGGGAAGCGUCUUCGGAUGAGGAGUUUAUGUCUGCAGAUGAGAACAUGGAAGUGGAUGCCUCUCCUGCAAAGGUAACACCUGCCAAACCUGCAGUGCCUCCUGAACUGAAACAAGAGCUGUCCCCAGAGAGAACCCCGCCAAAGGUUGGAUACAAUCUCAACUUUGAUGACCUAGACGUCGAGAGUAUGAAUCCUUUUGCCACAAAGAAGAGCCUAGUGAACAGUCCUGAUGUGGGUAAACCAGCUGGUGUAAAAGAGGUAAAGCAAGAAAGUGUAGUCACUGCUAAAGUAGCUGGAAAGACAGAAACUAAAAUCACAACUGAAGAGAAUAAGACAACAGAUGAUGUUGAAAUAGAAGAAAAGACUGAAAAAGGUAAACCUGACGUUCAGAAGGAGACUGCACAGAUUGAAGGCAACACAGAAAAAACAGAAAGCACAAAAACAGUUACUGAUACUGUAAAUUCUGAAGUGCAUGAAAAACAAAAAGAUGAAGACAAAGUUCAAGAAAGCAAAGACAUAAAGGAUGAGGAAAAAACAGACCUCAAGGGCACAGGCUCAGAAAUCUUGAAAGCAGAUGAGACUGUAGGAGAUGAUCAAGCACCUGUUCAAGAAAACACACCAGCUAUCUCCGACUCUCCAGCCAUUCCAAUGAAGUCAGGGGCCUACAACCUCGACUUCCUUGAUGACAUAGAUCAGCCUUUUGGCAUAGAUCCUUUUAAACCUGCAGCACAGAUAGUCAACUCCCCAGAUGUCGGGAAAACCACAACUCAGGUGCCACCCAUGGAGUCUAAUCCUUUCAAAUGUAAGGCACAGCUUAUGAAUUCUCCUGUUUCUAGCAAACAGCCUGUUACCCCAGAAACAAAGAAACGGGAUAUGGGAAAGUCUGAUAAAAAUGACAACAUCUCAGAUAAUACUAAUGCGAAUGUUAAUGAUAAAAACACUGAAGUUGAUGUUAAAGCUGUUGCCAAUGAAAAAGAAGUUGAUACAAAGGCAACUACACAAAAAGAGAAAAAUGUGGUUGAUCCAUUAGAUGUGAAAGUCGCAGAUGUUAAUGAUACUGGGUCAGCAACAGCCCCAUGUGAUAGUGCAGUUGACAUGGAUCCUUCUAAACCUGUAGCACAGAAAGUCAACUCCACAGAUGUGGAAAAAAUCACACAUCAGGUGCCACCCUGUGAAUCUGAUUCGACACAGUCUGAACAGAUACCCGAGGCUCCUAGUUCCCCAGUGAUCCAGCCAGCUAGCUACGCUCAAAUAGACUUUGAUAACUUGGAUGAUGUUGAUCCUUUUAAACCUAAAAAGCAAAUGAUGAAUUCACCAAUUGGUAAAACUGUAUCAGCUUCAACUGAGAUUCAAUCACAGGAAAUUGUUGAUCCUUUCAAGCCUACAAAACAGAUGCAAAAUUCUCCAAUUGCAAAACCUACCCUAGAAGUAGUUGAAAAGACUAAGGAAAGUGAGAAUGCUGAAGUUAACAAUGACCAAGAUGAACAUCCUAAAGUGAAAUCUCAAGAAAACACUGUAGACAUAGAAACUGUUGAAGAUAUAGACCCAUUUAAACCAACAAUACAGAUGCCAAAUUCACCUGCAGUUAAACAGACGCAAGAGGCUUUGCCAUUUGAUUUUGAUAACUUAGAUGAAAUUGAUCCUUUUAAACCCAAGACACAAAUGCUGAAUUCACCGCUUCCUCAAACUAGAGCAAUACCCAGCACUGCUAAGAAAGACAAUCCAGACAGUAAUUCAAGCAUUAGUAAUGGUUCAAAACAAGAACAAUUGGAGCAAAUUUCAGAUCCGUUUGCCGAUCUUAAUCCUUUUGAAGUGAAAUCAAAAAUUGCCAAUUCACCAGAAAAAUGUGUCACAAAUAUUGAAGAGACAGUUGAUCCCUUUAAAACAAGUAAUAAGAUUGUUGCAUCCCCUGAUAAGACAUUAACAGAAGAAAACCCCUUUGAAACAAAGUCAAAAGUAGCAUGUACACCAGAAAAGAAGAAUGCUGAGGAAAACCCAUUCCAGACAAAGACUAAAGUGGCUACCACCCCUCCCUCUAAUGCCUUUAGUCCUGCAAGAUCACAAAUACAUGAUGAUGAUCCAUUCAAAACUCCAUCCAAGCCGACCAAUUCAAACCAAAAUGCUGUCAGCCUGCUGGAGACGGAGACAGAUUUUGAGGUACAGGGAGUGACACGCAGGGGCCAGACAUCGGCUGAGGGAAUGUAUCCUGACAUUGACGAGUCACAGUUUGUCUCUGCAUCAGAAAUCUUCAAUGACCCAGCAGCUUGGGAAAUGCUGGAAAAGUUUGGCAGUGCAGCCUCAAAAGAUACUGAGUCGGCUCUGUCACGGAUGUCACUGUAUGUGAAGUUUGACCCUCUGGUUGAUGCAGCACCCACAAACAACUUCCUCAAUCCAAGGAGAAUAAGUAUACGUGCCUCUCAGCUGGAAAAGGUUAAAGAAUAUGGCCUGGAUGAGACCCUACUCCUGUUGGGAACACCCCCCAAAAAGCGUCGCCAGUCCAUGGCGGCCUCUGGCCCACGUAUCCCGCCUGGUGUAAACAAGCCUUCCUCUUCGGGCACUCCCAUCCAGGCACAAGGUCCGGUGAAGAAACUGGAAACUGUCACAACAGAGCCCAAUUCAGUUGAUCUGAUUAUGCAGUACAGUCCUGCGAAGAGAAAAGAGGGAGGAGAGAUGGCUCCUAGUACCAUCAAGGUUGGCAGCUUGUUUGAUGAAGAGCCAGAGGAGGAAGAAAAUCUCUUCCAGGAGCUGAAGUACACGGACAGUGACGUGCGACGUAUCCGGCAGGAGAUGCGGUUAGCCCUACAGGGGGAACUGAUGGCUAAGGAUCGUGAGUGGUGCACACGUCAGGAGGACUGGAACCGUGAGAAAGAGAACAUCCUCACUCGAUGGAAGGAGGACAAGGCCGAGUUCAAGAACCUCGAGCAAAUAUUUUGUAUGUUGGAGAAAACAGCCUAUGAAAUUUCAGCUGCAAAAAAGAAGGCAGAAGAUAAAAACAAGGAGUUACAGGUCGAGAAGGAACAGGCUGUGGAGGACCUUGCUGCCAUAGAGAGGUCAUUCUCUGACCUUCAUCGGCGAUACGAGAAAACCAAGGACAUGUUUAUGAACCUUAGAAAGAAUGAAGAAACACUGAAGAAAUAUGCAGCCGACCUCAUCGAGAAGUCAAAGAAACAGGAUGAAAAAUUCGACAAACUUAAAGAUGUCUCUGAGGAAAAAUUGAAAAAAGCAUCCGAUGAGAUAGAACGGUUGAAGCAGGCCGCAAAGAUGUCUAAUGAGAAGUUAAAGACAGAGAAGAAAAUAGAAGAGAUGAAGGUGUCCAACCUGGAGAUGAAGAUCAAAACCCUCGAGACUGCUCUUGAGAAAAAGACUGAAGACAUCAAACAGUUGACAGAGAUCUGUGAUGGUCUACUGGCCCAGGUCGGCAAAUAAACGAAUCCCAAGGCAUUAUGCCCUGGAGACCAGAGCAGUUCUCCUUUAAAGCUUUAGGCAUGUGAAACGUAGCACAGUGGCUGUUUUCAUGCCUGAGUGAUUCCAGUCAAGCCAUUGGCCAGUUAUUUUUAACAGUCCUAUCAAAAUACUUGGAUUAAAAUCAUAAAAUAAAGUAAAAUCUAAGGUGAUGAUUGAAUACAGCCCCAAAUGUCUUUAUCACCAGUUUGAGUAGCGUUAGUCUGUCGGUAGAAGGGGCUACACAUGCUAACUUUAUGGAUUGGGAAUAUUAUGCUGCAUAUGGUGUGACACAAUACAGUUCACUUAAAGUGUUACUGGUGCUUCAUGCAGUUUAAAUUAUGUGUAGGAAUAGUGCUUAGUAUGACUGUAAGUUGUCCCUGUGAAAAUGUGUUCAAAUAGUAAACUAGAAUUCAUUUAUGAGUGAGCUUGAUUGGAACAUUUGCAAUUCAUUUUAGAGGACAUUUUGUCUACAGCUUUGCUUUGUCUGGUGUAUUUAUAAUAGAAACAAUUAGAAUCACACACCUGUCAGAAGAUUAUGCUGAGUAUGAAUGCAAACCUAUUUGCUUAAUUGCUGAUUAUAAUAUAUAUGUUUUUCAAUGUUCGCUCUGCUGUAAAUUUAAUUCUAGAUGGAGCAGAAUAUUCUAAUAUUUUACCUUAAAAUACCUAGGCAUAUUGUCUUCUUGUGUUUCUUUUGUUAGUGCUCACAUCAUUUAAACAGAAAAGAUUAAGUUUAUUGUAUAGAUAUAAAGUGUAUAUGUGAUUUUUUUGGAAUUAUUUUCACUGCCUGAGCCUUUGAAAUUGGGGGAUAAAUCUGGGAAACAUACAAAAUAAGGCCAAAAUAACUUAUAUAAUUGCAAAUAUCCAUGUUUUUACUUUUUUAUGCAUACAUAUUGGUGUUAAUUAGCUUGUCUUGUCAAAAUAUUGUUUAUUUUACAAGAAAUACAUUGCAUUUAUGCAAUUUCAUUAUCAAAUUGAGAAAAAAAAAUUGACGGGGGGGAUGAAAAAAAAUUGCGAUGGUUAAUUGCACUUAAUCGCUAGGCAUAGUGAUAAUAAUGGUCAUGUUUAUUAUUUAUAAAAUGGUUUCUGUUGCUCUAUUCUCCCCUUUUUCUUUCUGCAUCUUUCUUUAUAUUUCUCAUGUUAUUACUAUUAAGAAGUGUAAAUAAAACUGGUAUUCCA